UUUGUGAGGAAAAACUGUCAACCAUAUCCAAAGUGCAGGACCAAAGAGAAGUAAAUAAUGUAUGCUUUUGUUAGGUUCUUUGAAGACGAUAUGUGCUACGCGUUGCCCGUUUCAAAUGUGGAAGAUUUCAGACCUCUGCACAAAACAGAUUUUGAUAAUCAGAAGGUGUAUCUGGUUCACAGAACUGAAGAGAAUGGCAGCGCAGGCCAGCCGUGCGAAGCACAGAUCCUUGCCCUUGCAGAUACAGUAGAGGAGUUUGAAGACAGUAUAAUGCAAAAGAAGAUGAAAAUUCCCAAGAUGUCCAUCAAGAAUUCAGGAAACUCAAUAGAGAACAAUUUUGGAGAGGAGAGAAUGCCACUCAGACAUAAAAAGGCCCUAUCUCAGGACCAUGGACGCCCCCUUUCCAACUCUUCCAAGAGCCUGGCAGCAGUAGUGGCUCGCUUGGAGAGAAAUGCAGCCAGCUCCUGUAUGGAGGGCGAAGAGGAUCUGGAAGAGGACCGGCUGGCUGAGGAGGGAGAGGAUGCAGAUGACGAAGAUGAAGAUAUGGAGGCAGAGCAUCAGCAACACCAUCACCAGCAGCAGCAACAGCAUUUGGAGGUGGACACGGAUUGUGUGUCCGGGGUAGCUGCCGCAGUGGUUCCAAGAGUCCUGUACGAGGAGCUGGUUCAUAGCUACAGGCAACAGGAGGAGGAGAUGAGGAGGCUGCAGCAGGAGCUGGAGAGAACCCGCAGGCAGCUGGUGCAGCAGGCCAAGAAGCUGAAGGAAUAUGGCAGCUUGCUGACAGAAGUUAAAGAACUGAGGGACUUCAACAGGAGGCUGCAAGAUGUACUUCUCAUGAGACUUGGCAGUGAGCCUAUGCAUGAUAAUGGCACUCAGACAAUCAAGGCGGAGGUGGUUGAACCCAUUGUUGAGGUCCAGGAGACAUGCAGAGAAGAAGCCAACACCAGUUCCAGCUAUUCACCUUCACCUAGAACAGUAUACACCUGCAAUGAUGGAAAGGUACAUCUUGGUGGAGGGAUCUGGGUAGAGGAGGAGAAAUGGCACCAGCUGCAGCGCACCCAGGGAGACUCCAAGUUCACAAAGAACCUGGCUGUCAUGAUCUGGGGCACAGAAACCCUCAAGAAUCGUAGUGUCACUGGAGUAGCUACCAAAAAGAAGAAAGACGCUCUGCCCAAACCUCCGCUGUCACCAAGCAAACUGAAAAUCGUCAGAGAGUGUCUCUACGACAGAGUGUCUCAAGAGACAGCUGACACUGCAGAGAUUACGCAGAGAUUGUCCAAAGUGAACAAAUACAUUUGUGAAAAGAUUAUGGACAUCAACAAGUCCAUCAAGAACGAGGAGCGGCGGGAGUCCAAGCUGCUCAUCAGACAGACAGUCAAGAUGGAGAACUUCACCUACGAUGGCAUGUAGUGGCCAGCAGCUGUUGUCACGCCAGCGCCUUCUGCCCAGGAUACUGAGGGGACUUGAUAGUGGGUGGUUGGAGGAUUCUCAUCAAAGUUUCAGGAGCAGUUUUUUUUCUUCUGUUGACACAUUUGAUUUGUUAUUACCGGUUUGUGAAACGUUAAAACAAGUAGGCCCCCUUUCUUGCCUCCUAUCGAAUCAGCUUCCUCAGUGCCCAGUUUCCUCAUUGGCUGACAGACAGCUUUACCCACCACUUAACUAAAUGGAUAUGAACUGGUGUGAGUGUUUUUAUAAGCUUUACAGUGGUAUUGGUACGGAGUCAUGGUUUAUUGAUGUGUGUGCAUAUGUGUCAAAGAAGAUAUAAUUGUGAAAAUGAUUUAUUGUUCUGUGUCAGAACAUGAUUUUGAGUCCUUAAACUUUUAAAAAGUAAGGUUAUUUCCACGGAUAAAGUCUUCUGAUGCUACAAAGAUAAUGAUAAUAGCUUGCAUUAGAUCUUAGUGGUGGAUAAUUUGGUGACUACCCUGUAACUGCUGAGUGUUUGCUGUUGGUACUUAAUGCAGAGAAUGGGACAUCAGGGUGUCGAUGCACAAGUCUUAAUUGGUAACAGCCAUAUUGCGUUUUGCAACAGAGAUUCUGUUUCUAAAAGAGAUUAAUUCUACCCCUUAACUAUUGAUCAAUCACAACAUGACACUUUCUUAAAAAGAGGGCUUACAAAGGUUUAAUGGGAUGUAUGACUCUGAUGUGGAGUCUUAAGAGUGAAAUUUAUAUUUAUAUUUUUUAUUUUGACCUUGUAGGUUCAAGUAAAUGCCAUCGAUGAGAGAGCACAAGGAGAAGCUUCUGAUGGGAUAUUCCUGUGUUCCUCUUUAAUGAAACAAGUCACUUUCAGGCAGUUUGACUGUUGAAUUAGUUAUAGUGGUACAGGCGUGUUGAUGGCCUUAAAUGGGUAUGGCAAUCACUGGGGGCUUGUAUGCCUCUGGCUUAUAGGCUGUGAUUGUAAAUGUAAAGGAAGCUGAAGUGAUGAAGCUUCACCUGCACUUUGCUGUGAGAAUGUAAGGUUCGGUACUUUUUUCUAUGUGAUUCACUCCAUCGAGGUGAGCUGAGCCAAGCUACUUGCUAACUCCUCCUCAUGUAUUCAGAUGCUGCACUGUAUGGGAUGAUGUGGGGUUGAAAAUCAAUGCAGGUUUAGCAAAGUUCAGGUCAUCUAGUUGUGGAAGCAGUGUUCGCUGUGGGUAAAGCUGUCUGGCACUCUAUUGUUGUACUGUUGAUGUUUUCUGGGCCCCCUCUCUUUAAAGACAGCCACUGGGGAACAAAGUAAGGUCGCUCCAGUGACAAUGUCCUCUGAGCUAUGCCAUCAGAACUUUGAAAAGGUCCUUCUCGCUCUUGUAUUUUAUUUUUUUCUUCAUGUUUUUUCUCUCCAGUCGUUUAUUGUUUUGAUCCAAACGGUUUGUGCAGCUGUCUGCAGGCUGGAACUAAAUGCUGCAGAUUAAAAUCUCAACUGUGACCUAGCUGUGGCUAACUGUGAAUCUGCUGCAGAGCUGCCCAUCAAGCCUAUUUCUCCUCAGACUAUAGAUUCUUGUGUUUCGGUUGAUUUAUUUCUCUCUAUCGUUUUUUUGUCCCUCAGUUUUUCUUUAUUUUAAAAGUUCAGAUCAGCCUUUUGUUAAGCUACCUUUUGUUUUGGAGUUUUUUUUAGUGUAUAUGAAAUGCAUCUUUUUAUUUUUCCAACAAACAAAUAUUUUAGUUUUUUGUCACGUUACAGUUUAAAGGUUCGGGUUGUUUGGUUGAUCUAAUUGAUGUUGUAAUUCCAUGUUACCUGACAAUUUGUUUCUUUUUACACUUUUUCAUACAAACUGUUGGCUUUAAGCUUGAUGUUGUAUCCAAAUGUACUGUAGAUCAGUAGAAUCUACAAAAAAAAAAAAAGAAAAAGAAAAGAAUUCCCUCUCUUAGCCAAAGUGAUCUCUUGGAACAAGAGAGACAAGGCUUACUUAACUUCAGAUAUAAUAAAAAGCCCAUAUAUAAUACCACAAUCACAAAAUGUGAUAUUCAAUAAGCCUCACCUUAGAAUCUACCUUCUUAUGAUGCGCCACAUUUAUAUGAAUCUGUAUCGUGGAGCUGUUAUACUCUAGAAAUGAGAUGCAGUAGUUAGAUUGACACAAAUCAUUUACAUUGAAUGCACUUUAAAGAUCUUGGCAAUUUUUCAAUCUGAAAGAAAUGUAUUUGUGGUAUACGUCCUUUUUUAAAUGUCUAUGUAGAAUAAGGCCGAAAAUAAUGGUAUUAUCGUGAAGCACCUUAGAAAAACUUUGGUUUUAUUUUGUUUUUUAAUGGCAAGAACGAGUUUUGGGAUAUGAUUUAUGUUUUGUCUGUCAGAUUUACCCCUGACAUGCCAUCCUUCUAAACAAGUUUAAACAGAUUCAAUACUUCCAACUACUCCUCAGAAAUAGUACUACUACUACUACUUCCAAAUUUUAAAAUCUGAAAGAAUAAAAAUGGCCGUCAUAUCCUCAUUUGUGGCCUCCUGAAAAAUAAUAAAAGACCUACUCGGCAGAUUCACAAGCAAAAGUUCAAGAAAACAAUCUCUUCUUCUCUUUUUAGCCCAAGACAUAAAUCACCCGUCUAAAGAUGUUUAACUAUGAAAUGUGCAAGCUGACUGGAAUAUGUGCUUUAACUUAAUGUGUAAAAUGCUGGUGUAUAGUUCUAUAGUGAUAAUGUGUAUUUUUACAGCUGAGUGGUAAUUGUAAGCCAAAGUAUUGAAGGCUGAGAUCAAGCUAAAGAUGCGAGAUGCUGACUGAGGAAUCAGCGGGGUUUGCACAAAAAUGGCGAUUGCCAAGGUGAUAGAGCUUAGUGAAUCUUAAGUCACCAAAAUGGUGACAUAUUAGUGAUAUUUUUUAGUUCCUAAAAAAUAUCCCUGUUCAAUUUCUUUUGUUUUUCUUGUACAGAGCAACGUGAGGUUAAUGUGUGCUAGCAUGUAUUGAUAAAAUACAUGCGGUUUUAAAAGAAAGAAAAGAUUUCUGCUGUGCAAAGCAACCAUGCUGAAGUUCUGACACAUUGUUGUGUGAUGUGUUUGUGUUUGUUUCUUUGUUGUUUGAUGCCAAAAGGGGGUGUGGUUAAAAUCAUGCUUUAAACAUUACUAGAGUUCCUACAUCAUCUGAAAUGUUAACUUCUUUUGUAAGGCUGGUUUCCUGGAGUGCAGUUAAGCCUAAUCCUUUAACUAAAACCAUUUUCAGUGGAUGAGAGCUGUAUGGAACAACUGUAUGUUUUAACCUAGAUUUGGCUUAAUCUGCGAUUGCAAGGCCAAUCGCUGUCAAAUGUCCCAUGUCACUUUCAGAAGAGCAUUUCAGGUUUUAGUUGUAUCUUAGAGCCAUUACAGGACGUUACAGGCUAUCUUAGCUCUGUAACACCACACCAGACCUUCCAGUACUCACUGUCACACUUUAGUGAUAAGGAGCAAAAAGCAACCUCUCUGGCUUUGUGAUCCUCUUCCUGUGCCACCUCUAUUUCCUCACUCCCCUGACAUUUAUAUGGACUGGAUUUAUAAAAAUGCAAAUGUAUCAAGAUAAAAGUAAAUCCUAUUGCUAGCUUGGUGUUUUGGCUUAUGUUGUGAACACCUGUCAAAGUUUCGAAGUGAGGGAGCUUUAUGUUGCUUUCUGACAGUUUGAUUGGGGAAAAGCGAUCAGCUCUAGCUUCACUGAGUGGAACAAGAUAAAUGGUUUCAUUCUGCAGCUUUCACAACUAAGUGUACACAAAACAAAUAACUCUGAGCCUCAGAUACAAUGUCAAACUUACUUCAGAUGAGAAAAAAACAAGGGGAACACUUUGUUGGGCCUAUAUUUUUCUUAAGGUAUCAGUAACUUUGUAUACAAUCCACAAACCGGUUCUACUUCAUCUAACUUCACCGUCCUACCUCAUUGUUACUCUGGUGUUUGUUUGUCAGUGACUGUAAACUAUGUGUGUAUAUUAAAAAAAAUAUAGGAAAGGUAUACCUGGUUACUCUCAACAUGUACAGCAUAUAAAACUUGUAAAACACCUCAGUACACAAUAUCAUUCUUAGGAGAAAUCAGUUUUAUUACCUGCUUAAAGAUGCUGCUCUAAAGGGGGUGUCUGUGUGAGGAGUCGUCUCUGAAUAUAUAUCUUCGCUCUUUGCUAUGUCGUGCAGUUGAUCAGUGGUUGUGUUCUGUCUCUGUAUUGCAUUCUGAGAUUUUUACUGGUUGACGGUGCUACCAGCAAACAGUUCAAAAGCUGAUCUGUCUCUCGGACCUCAAAUGGUGCUGUUUUUCUAUGUUUUUAUCCUCAUACAGCUAUGUUUUAUUCAGGUGUGUCAACCGCCACUAUCCCCUCAGCUAAUCAAAUUGUAAGCCAAAAUGUUUCGCUCAAUGAUAAACCUGCUAUUACUGUAUCAACUAUAUGCUAUCCAUCCAAAUAUUGUAGAUAGUGAUUAUAUCCUCAGCUGUGAUUUUCAGAAGUACCUCAGAUCUUGCUAAUUCUCAAUGGAUGCAUCUGCUUUAGCACCUGUUGUCUAUCUACCAAUAUAACAUUGUUGCAGUGUAUUUUCAGAAAUAUGCAUUUUUACUGGUUAGAUCAGGUUUCACUUUAAAUUGUACAUGACUAUAAUAUCACACUCAGAUGACCAAUAAAUAUAAAGGGUAACACUGUUGACUGGUUGCAUGCCAGAUUGUCAUUUAGGAAAUCUCAGUUGGACUGUGACAGUAGACGAGUUCCUCAGCAAAAAUCGAGUUCUGUUUAAGUUUGUGUGACAGAUGCAGGAUUCCACUGGUAGUUCUCUGUAUGAUUGAGGAAAAUAAACUACUUUGGGAAUGUGCAAGGACAUGAAAUGUGAGAGACGUUCUGAUUCCCUGUUUUUCCAACCCCAAACCAAUCCUGAUAUCAAGAACUGAUUGAUGAGUGGCUUAAUAUGUAUUCAAAAAUGAUGUAAAUUUGUUUGUUAAGAAAAUGUGAGCUUUGACUAAGACCACAGUAUUGUUUCUUACUGUGAUGACAGUAUUAACCCAAAGUAAAGUGGAUUUUUUUAGGUGUAAUUGGCUUUUUUAACCCACUGACUGGCAUUUUGUUCUGCAUUAAAGAAAGUAUUGGGGUCCAAUAGUGGCACCAGCACUAGUAUAAUGCAGAUAGCGGUAUCUCCUUUCACAAAGAUUGUUUCGGGGUGUUUAAGAGUCAGCAUUGGAAUAAUUGAUUCCCUAUUGCUACCACUUAAAUCUGUGAUUCCCCACUGUAUUUUCUGUCCCUUCAAUGUUUAAGCAACUCAAAUGUAAUUGUCAGCAUUAAUAUAUAACAUCUAAUCACUGUAGUGGUUUGUUCAUGACUUAUUGUGAGCUUAUGUUGUGUACAGCAGCACACAGUGUCCAAAUCAGUUCUAACAAUACAGAAAGUGCAUUUUAUGUUCUCCCUAUGCAGUGGCCCCACUGGAAUCUUUUCUGCACCAAAGUUAUGGAAGUAUGUUAAGUUUCAGUUGUGAUUUAUGUUUGUUUUUUUCUACUGCACAUGUCUGUGAACAUGUAUCGAGCUGGGGAGCUCCUCUCUACUGGGAGCAUUGUGUUCAAAUACACAGCAAUUGGUUCCAUGGAAGCACUUAAGCCAUUCGUUGGACUGUUUCAACUUUUAAGCUUUUCUCUGGUCCAGGGAGUCGACCCGGAGAGUUUUUGUGUGUGAGUGAAUUCCUAUGCAGGUGUUGACUUGAAAUCACCUGGUACCACAUCACUGUUGGGUGAGGGGCCAACCAGGAGGGGAGCAUUGAAAACCUUUGAAUGUGUUGAGAAAGUCUUGAGAUUAAGUCAAAGUGGACAAUGGCGACAUGACAAAUCAGUACAGAACUUAACUGUUUUCAUACUCACAAAGCUGAAUUAAACUGGAUCUGCUUGGAAAUGUUUGUAACAGUUAUAGCUGCAUUGCAUUAGGUGAAGACAGGGUUCUUACUGUAUGGAGUAUUUCCACUUGGUAUUAUAAUGUGAAAAGAACUGCAGUAAAAACCCCUCACCCUACUUUAGCCUCCCAGAGACAAGCGUACAUUUACAGAAGAUGUUAUAAGUAUAUGCGAUAGAGUGUUUAUGUCUUUGCUAAACCGGCCACACCUCUGCUAUGCGAGCAACUCUUUGACGCUUAGCAUCCUGUUCUGUGUUUUCUCUUGCUGCAUUCAGGAACACCUGUUUAAUGUAUAGAUAAACAAAAAUAAAUCCAGACUUUUAUUCUA